UACGUUUUAAAGAAUUGAAAGUGAAACUAGGUAUAACUUGUUCGUGACUAAUCAUCGGGGACAACAGGAACCAAACUGUUGAUCGGGGGACACCCACUUGAAAAAGGCACAAGACGCUUCUGGACUAAGCAGCGCCGGGCCGGCCGCGGGGUUCCAGCGACUCCCGCGGGCGCUCCAUCCGGGCGCCGCCGGCGAAGUUUCCGGGAACCAGGGCGCGGCGCUCGGCCGGCGGAGGCGGCUUCUCUAGGCUGCUCAACUCCUUCGGCUCAGUGGUGCCCUUUUCUCCAUCUUCAAAGCCGGCGUGGGUUGCAUCUGACUAUUCUUCCGUUGUCACAUCUCACUCUGAUUCUGCUCUUCUGCCUUACUCUUUGACUUUGAAGAGGGCCCUGGUGAUUACAUUGGUCCCCACCAAUAAUCCAGGAAGAGCUUCAUAUUUUAAAGUCAGCUGAAUAGCAAACGAAAUCAUGGCAGCCAAUGAAGAUAACAAAAAACAAGCUCUUAAGGAGUGUUGUCUAGAUGAAGAAUUUACGCAAGAUGAACAAAACCAGAAAUUAAUUGAUGAAAUUGCAAAGGAAAAUAUUCUAUUAACAGAGGAGAUCCAAAAACUUGAAGCUGAAUUACAAGAGGCCACCAGAAAUUCCCAGAUUAACGAGGAUAUUCCUGAAACAAAGAUAAAGUUCACGUCUGUAGAGAAUCCUGAGAGUGACAGCCAGUUUUCAAAUAUCUCCUAUUCGUGUCAAGUGAGCUCAAAAGUCCCCUAUGAGCUACAAAAAGGACAAGCCCUUAUCACCUUUGAAAAAGAAGAAGUUGCCCAAAAUGUGAUCAGAAGGGGGGAACAUUAUGUGCAGCUGCAGGAUGUAAACGUGAAGAUGAUGGCCAAACCGGUCCCAUUAAACUCAGGAGUCAGAUUCCAGGUUCACGUAGAAGUGUCUAAAAUGAAGGUCAACGUUACUGAAAUUCCUGAUAUAUUGCCUGAAAGUCAGAUGAGAGACAAGCUAGAACUGAGUUUUUGUAAGUCCCGCAACGGAGGCGGCGAAGUGGAGAGCGUGGAGUACGAUAAGCAGUCCGGGAGUGCCGUCAUCACGUUUGUGGAGAGUGGAGUUGCCGACAAGAUUUUGAAAAUGAAAGACUAUCCUCUUUAUAUAAAUCAAAACUGCCAUAGAGUUAUUGUUUCUCCAUACACAGAAACACACUUGAAAAAGUUUCAGGUAUUUUCAGGAGUAGCUAAGAGGACGGUGCUGCUGACAGGAAUGGAAAACCUUCAGAAGACAGAUGAAGAAACUGUAGAGGAUUUCAUUAACAUUCACUUUCAGCGGGAGAAGAAUGGAGGUGGAGAAGUAGAGGUGGUCGCGUGUUCUCUGGGGCAAUCUCAGAUAGCAUACUUUGAAGAAUAGACUCAUGGAAUCAUAUGAAAAUUAGAGCUUCUGCACCCAAAUCACUGUCAAUGCUUGACAAAAAUGAAUAUCCUUUUCCUUAAAAAAAAAUUAAUUCUUUGGUGUUCAAUUAUUCUUAGAUACAAAAUAUAUUUCUGUUUUUGAAUUCUUCCUUGUUUCCAGCUGUGCUGCAUGCCUGCAAACAUAAGUGCACUGUUAUUAAAAGCAUUUUUGUUCUUAAA